GCAGCUUCAGUGAAGAGCCAAAGCGGAAAACCCUAAAACAAAAUGAAGUACAACCCUCGCGUCUCCUCUUCACGGCGCAAGAACCGUAAGGCCCAUUUCACGGCGCCGUCAAGCGCCCGCCGACUCCUAAUGAGUGCUCCACUGACAUUGGAACUGCGGUCCAAGUACAACGUCCGGUCCAUGCCGGUUCGCAAGGACGACGAGGUCCAAGUCGUACGUGGAACAUACAAAGGCCGGGAAGGGAAAGUGGUUCAAGUAUACCGUCGCAAAUGGGUGAUCCACAUCGAGCGAAUCACUCGGGAGAAGGUCAAUGGGUCAACCGUCAAUGUUGGGGUCAACCCUUCGAAAGUGGUGAUUACGAAGCUGAGACUCGAUAAGGACCGGAAGAGUUUGUUGGACCGGAAAGCCAAAGGAAGGGUUGCCGCCGAUAAGGAUAAAGGUGCUAAGUUUAGUGCUGAGGAUAUCAUGCAGAGUAUUGAUUGAUUCGUAAAAAUAAAAAAUAAAAAAGGGGUUCUUUUUUAUGUUUUGCGAAUUUCAAAUUUUAUCAACUUUUGGAUGGCUUAAUCUUAUUAUGUUAUAAAUUUUGUGCUACUGUUUUCGCGA